AUGGGGAAACCAGAUUGGGUGACUCCUUUGCUGAAUGCCUACAUUCUUUCCAUAAAAAUGAUCCUGAGCUUCCAGUUGCCUACCAGCACCCUGGGCAACAUCUCUAUCUCGGGCUUGCUGCAGUGUUCAUGCAAGCCUCAGCGCAAGUUGUACACCCCAUUUACAGAAGAUACAGACACUGUUGGAGAGCGAGCUGUAAACUCCAUAUUGAAUGCCCUCAUUAUGAUCAGUGUCAUUGUUGUGAUGACACUUGUUCUUGUACUUCUCUACAAAUACAGGUGCUACAAGGUCAUUCAUGGAUGGUUGAUAAUCUCGUCUCUCUUGUUGCUUUUCUUUUUCUCGUUCAUCUAUUUGGGGGAAGUCUUCAAAACAUAUAACGUUGCCAUGGAUUACUUCACGUUGGCAUUGGUGAUCUGGAACUUUGGAGUGGUCGGGAUGGUCUGUAUCCACUGGAAGGGCCCACUUCGGCUCCAGCAAGCCUACCUGAUCAUGAUCAGUGCUCUUAUGGCUCUGGUUUUCAUCAAAUACCUCCCAGAAUGGACUGCCUGGCUAAUCCUGGCUGUGAUUUCGGUAUAUGGUAAGAUCCACUCCUGGGAGUUUGUGUUUGAAUUUUACUGUGGGCUGCUGAUUAGAAGAAGUGGAGUCCAGUUUACCUAUAUUACAGAAGGCUAGGUUGAGGCAGAGUGAAUGGUGGGAUGUGUCUCUAAUACAGAGUAGAGAUUCUCAGCAAUGUGAAUCUAAAAUGUUAGGAUUUCCAAAAGGUUUUGAUGGAAUUUGGUGAUUCUGGUGACUGGCGUGAGAGCAAAAAAUUAACCUGU